UUCUGACAGUAUUUGAAGGCAGCAUCAUCUCCAGCCAGGCGAGCAUCUGUAGUAACGGUACAGUUGUUCAGAGGAGGGCCGACCCUACUGUGGUAGACCAGGGGCGCACUGUCGACGAUAGAAGUUAAUGCUCGGUUUAUGCAGUUCUCUGGAAUUGGUGACCAACAACAGCAGUCAUCAUGGCAGAAGCCCACCAGGCCGUGGCCUUCCAGUUCACGGUCACCCCGGAGGGCAUCGACCUGCAGCUGUCCCACCAGGCCCUCACUGAGAUCUACCUUUCAGGUGUGCGCUCCUGGAAGAAACGCAUCAUCAGACUCAAGAACAGUGUGAUAACAGGAGUGUAUCCUGCCAGUCCCUCCUCCUGGCUUUUUGUGGUCAUAGCAAUCUUGGCGACCAUGUACACUCGCUCUGAUCCCUCCAUGGGACUCAUAGCCAAGAUACAGGAGCACCUGCCUGUCAGUCAGUCCAUGAGUACCCAGUGCCAGACGCUGGUUUCAGCAGUGGUGUUCAGUACCAUGCUCUGGCUCCUUCUUAUCUUCACUAUGCGCCUGUGCCUCAAGCAGCUCCUCUCCUACCACGGCUGGUUGUUUGAGCAGCAUGGAAGGAUGUCCAACACCACCAAAGUCUGGGUGGCACUGGUGCGGAUCUUUUCUGGCAGGAAGCCUCUGCUCUACAGCUACCAGGGGUCGCUGCCAAACCUGCCUGUGCCGGCCAUCAAGGACACAGUGAAGAGGUACCUGGAAUCCAUGCGGCCACUAUUGGACGAUGAAAAGUAUGAACGCAUGGCCAAGCUGGCGUCAGAGUUUGAGAGCAGCCUUGGUAAGCGCCUGCAAUGGUACCUCAAGCUCAAAGCUCUCUGGGCCUCCAACUAUGUCAGUGACUGGUGGGAGGAAUAUGUAUAUCUGCGUGGACGAAGUCCAAUAAUGGUCAACAGUAACUAUUAUGGCAUGGAUUUCUUACAUGUGACUCCCACACCCAUCCAGGCAGCCCGAGCUGGAAACACCAUUCAUGGUUUCUUCUUAUAUCGACGUAAACUCAACAGAGAAGAGCUCCAACCUAUUCUUGUCCCCGGCACUUCCAUUCCUCUGUGUUCAGCUCAGUGUGAGCGGCUGUUCAACACCACACGCACUCCUGGAGAGGAGACCGACACCGUGCAGCACUGGCAGGACAGUGACUACAUCGCUGUUUACCACAGAGGGCGCUACUUCCGCCUAAAAGUAUAUCAGGCUGGCAGACUUUUAUGCCCCAGAGAGAUUGAAUUCCAGAUCCAGAGGAUCCUCGACGACCCGUCACCUCCCUGUGAAGGAGAGGCACAUCUGGGAGCACUGACCGCUGGAGACAGAACUCCAUGGGCUAAGGCCAGAGAGAAGUAUUUCAGCAGUGGGCUGAAUAAACGCUCUCUGGACUGUAUAGAGAAAGCCGCUUUCUUUGUGUGCCUGGAUGAUGACGAACAGGGCGUGAUUGGAGAUGACCCAGUAGCUAGCUUAGACCGCUACGCUAAAUCAUUGCUGCAUGGGAAGUGUUAUGACAGAUGGUUUGACAAGUCCUUCUCAGUCGUCUACUUCAAGAAUGGAAAGACUGGCGUCAACGGAGAGCACUCGUGGGCGGAUGCCCCCGUGUUAGCACACUUAUGGGAGACCACGUUGGCUACCGACUGUUUCCAUCUUGGCUACAACUCAGAGGGUCACUGCAAAGGAGAAGUAGAUUCAUCUUUACCACGGCCACAGAAGCUGAACUGGGAAAUCCCUCCAGAGUGCGAGGAGCAGAUUUCUCAUUCUCUGGAAGUGGCCCAGGCCCUGGCAGACGACAUAGACUUCCACGUUUUCGUCUUCAGAGACUUUGGCAAAGGAAAGAUCAAGAAGUGCAAAGUCAGCCCAGAUGCCUUCAUUCAGAUUGCAAUUCAACUAGCUUAUUACAGGUACCGGGGAACGUUUUGUUUGACAUACGAAGCCUCCAUGACUCGUCUGUUCAGGGAGGGCAGGACUGAGACAGUUCGUUCCUGCACCAGUGAGAGCAGUGCCUUCGUCCGAGCGCUGGAAGAUGGAGAGGCUGCAGAUGUGUGCAGGCGUUUAUUCCGCGCUGCGUCAGAGAAGCACCAACAUCUUUACCGCAUGGCAAUGACAGGAAGAGGCAUCGACAGACACUUCUUCUGUCUUUACGUACUGUCCAAAUAUCUCCGUGUGGAGUCUCCUUUCUUGAAUGAGGUGCUGUCGGAGCCGUGGCGUCUGUCUACCAGUCAGACUGCCAUGCAGGUGCAGCUGUUUGACUUGGCUAACCAUCCAGAGUACAUCUCCUGUGGAGGGGGCUUUGGACCGGUGGCUGAUGACGGUUAUGGGGUUUCCUACAGCAUUUGUGGAGAGAACAGGAUUAACUUCCACAUCUCCUGCAAGCACUCAUGUCCAGACACUGAUGCUCAUGAGUUUGGUGCUGAGCUGAUUAAAGCUCUACACGAUCUGCUAAAGCUGCUGAGCCCAAACCAGAACCAGUCCAACAAGACAGAGGAGAAACCGCCUGAGGUCAAAAAAGACCUGUAGGCAUUCACUCAGGGAAAAGGAAGCUGGAGGGAAGGUGUGCAAGCAUUAAUGUGACACUAGGAAGUAAGGAAAGACGUUUUUAAAGAGUUUAAAGCCUUCCAGACGACAUGCAAUGGACAGCUCAAUGAGAAACUGAUAUGAAGAAGAUUUAUUUUACAGAGUUACAUCUGUAUGUGUGUUUAUAAAAGGUAUGUGAGAGGAAAAAGGUCCACAAAGGAAUAAAAUCAAGAGAUUUGAUUUUUGUGGAAGCCCAUUUAUGCCAGUGUAAUAAAAGCGGGAAAAUAAUGAUUGCAUUUUUAACUCAGUAUCCUAACCGGUUUUGAAACUUUCUCGAAAUAAUGAGCACAUUAUUUAGAUGGUCUGACAGUCAGGGAUUCGAUCCCCAGCCCCUGAAGUCACAAAUUCAUGUGUUCUUGGACCUGAAUUUGCUCCCGCUGCUGCACCAGUGGCAUGUAAAUGUGUGUGAAUAGAAUAAGUGAAUAGUGAAUAGAGGCGUCCCAAAUCAGCACACUUUUAGACAUCACAAUUUCAAUCUGAAAAAAGACAAACACACACAGCCUCUAUGUCACUUAUCAUUAACUAGCUGCCCCACAAAGCUCCCCAUCUGGCUCCCAAAAGAUAAGUGAAUUCAGAAAAUGUGAGAAGGAAAGAGGAUGUUGUGGUUUUAGGGUAAAUUUUGUCUUUAAAUCCCUACAGCUAUCAAAUCAACCCCAAAAUGAUCAGGAUUGCAACAGUUUUAUCAGGAAUUACUUCAUGUUUCAUCCACCUGUCUGAUUAAAUCUGCAGUUUCCUGUGUCAACUUUCACUUCAGGUUCAUGUAAUUUUUCAUAUUUUCUCAAUAUUUGGAGAAAGUUUUGCAUUAUACCUGACAAGAACUGACAGCAUUUGCAUACAUGGUCCUCCAAAUAUAAUCAAUAAGGUACAAUUUAUUUGUUUACUUUGGUUUUAGCCAUCAAAUUAUUGAUCAAAUGUGUUCAUGAACCUCAAAUGUUAAAGUUAUCACUGUGGUACGGUGUUGAUUUUAUAAACAGGCCAGGAACUGCACCAGCACAAAAGCUGAUGGAAAUUAUUCCUAUUAAGUCACCAUAAGAUUUUAUUUUCAUUAAAAAUCAAGUGAAGAUUAUUUGAUUUUACACAUUGGUGUCUCAAUUUCAUUAGUUUUAAAUGCAGUUGAGAGUGUAAAACAUUCUGAGUUUUGUGAAGAAAAUGAGCUCCACUGUUGAGUUGACUGAAUUCCUCCAUCUGAAGAUAACAUUGCUGUAACAGUGUCACCAGGUAUUUACGCAUCUGGGGAGUCUGUGACUCCUCAGUGUCCAUUUUUCACAUUUAGAUCUGCUUUCUACAACAACAUGAUUGUAAUGCUGUGCAGAGAGUGACUAUGCUCUAUUUCAUUCUUAAGUUUGACUGCUAUUAUUCUCAGUGCCAAAUCAGCCAGAAAAUAACUUUUAAUUUAUUUUUACAAACAUAUUUAAACUGUAAAUAGCAACAAGAGUUUAGUUGUCCAGUAACAUGUUUCACUGCCUUCUUUUAAUCUGUUUUUUAUUUUCAUCACUGUGUUAUUUAACAAGCACCCUAACAAUGCAAGCUUUAUUUAUGAAAAUCAGUCUGAGCCGUGCUGCAGAUCAGAUGUUGAUCAAAUUUAAUGUGACAUUUUGUAGCUUUGUAGCAUCUGAUUUUAAGGAUGGUGUUUGAGCAGUGAUGCAGAUUCCUCUGUUUCUCUCCUUUACCUGUUGCCUUUAUUGUUUUCACUCCACAUCAGUUGAGCUUGUCUCAUUGUGUUGCCUUUUUAAUGAAAUAUAACGAAGGA